UCCAACAAUAUGAAGUAUACCCUAGUAGUACUCGCUUUAUUGGCACCUCUGGCUAUAGCAGCCAGUUUGGGUGAACAGAAACCGGAGGAAAAUGCCUUUGUUAAAUCCUUGAGGGAAUUGCAUCGUGGACCUCCAGUUGAGCCAAUGAAAGCCAGAGCCAAGGUUGAAGAGCGCUGGAUCACCCAAAAGCUGGACAACUUCGAUGAUAGCAACAAUGCCACCUGGCUUGAUCGCAUCUAUAUCAACAAUAAGUACUUCGUUGAUGGCUCUCCCAUCUUCAUCUACUUGGGCGGCGAGUGGGCUAUCGAUCCCAGUGGCAUCACCUCUGGUCUAUGGAAGGAUAUUGCCAAGAAGCACAAUGGUUCCCUACUCUAUACUGAACAUCGUUUCUUUGGCGAGAGCAUCCCAAUAACUCCUCUGUCCACCGAGAACCUGGAAAAGUACCAAAGUGUAGAACAGGCCUUGGCUGAUGUUAUCAACGUGAUUGCAACUUUGAAGAAGGAGGACAAGUACAAGGAUUCCAAGGUUGUAGUAUCUGGGUGCUCUUACUCUGCUACUAUGGCCACCUGGAUCAGGAAGCUCUAUCCCGAAAUCAUCAGGGGCAGCUGGGCCUCAUCGGCUCCGCUCUUGGCCAAGGUUAACUUCAAGGACUACAUGAAGAUUGUUGGAGAGUCAUAUGCUACCCUUGGGGGACAAUAUUGUUACGAUUUGAUCGAUAAUGCCACCGCCUACUACGAGAAUCUUUUUGAUAUUGGAAACGGAACACAGGCCGCCAAGGAACUCAAUCUGUGCUCCAACUUUAACCCUGACGACGAACAGGAUCGUUGGCAGAUCUUCAGCACUAUUGCCAACAUUUUCGCAGGCAUUGCUCAGUACCAAAAACCCGAGAAAUAUGACAUUCCCACAUACUGCUCUAUUUUGCGAGAGUUUAGUGAUGAUGAUUCUGUAGCUUUGUCUAAGUUCAUCAACUGGAAGAUCAAUGAGCACUCUGGAGCUUGUCUUAGCACCACAUUCAAGGGAGCUGUGGACUACUACGAAUGGUCCAAGGAGAACUACGAAGAUAGCGACUUGCCUUGGAUUUUCCAGACCUGCAGCGAGUUUGGAUGGUUCCAGUCUUCGGGCAGCAGUAGCCAACCUUUUGGAUCCACUUUCCCGGCAACUCUGUACGAAGACACUUGCGAGGGAGUCUUUGGCUCCGACUACGACUCGGCUGGCAUUCACUCUAAGAUCCGGGCAACGAACAAAGCAUUUGGAGGUCUGAACGUUAACGCCACCAAUAUCUACUUCGUGCAGGGAGGUCUUGAUGGCUGGAGUGCCGUGGGAGCUGGAGUUGCCCAAGGAGCCACCAUUAUCCCUUAUGCCUCUCAUUGCCCCGACACUGGAUCUAUCAGUGCCACCGAUAGUGCCGAGCUGGUGGCCUCAAAGGAAAAGCUGAUCAAGCUGGUGGCCCAAUGGCUGGAGGACUAAGAUCUCAAUUGAAGAAUUCUUUUUAAUGUUUUUAAAUUAUUUAAUUUUUGUAUUUGUUUUUAUAUGUAUAACUAUUUAAUCGCCAACGUUUGGGCUUAAUAAACCGAAUAUUUAACAUAAA